AUGCCUCCUGCGGAUGUCCUAGCAUCCCAACGAGCUCGCGAAGUAGAAUGUGAGCGUGAAUUGAAGUUACUUCGUGAAUCGCACUCCUCGGAGGAAUCAGGAAUGCAAGAUGUCAGAUUCAUGCGCAGUGAUUCUAGCGGAUCGGACGGCGAGAGUUCCUUGGCAGCUGCAGUCGAUAGUUUGCGCGUACAACAUGACAGUCACCCAUCACCAACUACAUCAGUUACACUGAUUGAAUUUAUAUCACAACUCCUCCAACAUUUGCCUGAAAAUGGUUCUCAGUUUUUAAAAGACUACCUACAAGUAUUGCAUCAAGGAAAUCAAACUACUAUAAAAAUUGUGACAUGUGAGAUGUUGGAAGGAAUAGAGGCUGCUGUGCUGAAUAAUCAAAAUGUUUGGGACGGUCCUAGUAUAAUGUGUUGCAGUGCAUGGCUGUGCACAGUGAGUGUGGUUGGUGGAAAUGGGCUGGGCUUGCGACUGAGACGGGCUCUACAUGCUCUACUGCAGUAUGCCACGGAUGAACAAGUAGAGGCACUGGGCCGUAUAAUGUCCGAGACCCUAUGUACUCCUGAACUAUUAUUAGAACUAAGUGACGCAGUCCAAGGGCCGCUUGGUGCACCUAGAAAUCUAGCAACCCACCUUGUGCAACUGGCUCUUGACAAGGAGGAGUGUUUCAGCGUGAGGCUGCGAUACACGCUGGUGCAGCUGACGGGGCGGGCGGCGGCGGCCGGGCUGAAGCGGCGGUGGGCGCCCGCGCUCUUGCAACUCCCGCACUCUGCGCCCCGCACAGACCGGCUCAAGAUGGCUGUUGCCGCAUCAAAGUUGCAGCUUCUAUUUCAUGACAAGAAC